AUGACAAACACAUACAACAUUUCUGUUCUCAAUAGGUCCGGGUCUGGAUCGUCCGGAUCUACUCAAGAAUACACCAUUAGCUACCCGGACGGAGCUUCAACUGGCACCAAGACGUUCAAAGUCGACGUCAAUGAUUCCAAGCUCAAAACUUUUGACCUUGCGGCUACCCAGGUUCCCUUCGAAAUCAAGUUAAACCCAGGAGGUAACCCACAUGCCGCUUUCACUCUUGGCGUGAAUGGGGCUGGUAGAACGGCAAAUGUAACAUCUCAGGAGAAUGGUACCUUCGCAGUUGCGAUUGUGUGA